AUGUCGUUGUGCAGGUCAUUGUGUGCGGAUGGUGAGACAGUAAAGGACACAACGUCUGGCGACAGUGAUAGAGUCGCUGAUGUUUGGGGCGACGCCAAGGUCAAGGCUGACGUUUCAAGGACAGGGUAUUCAGGCGAAAGUGAAGCCGACAGUCUUGCAGCAACGGGAUCAGAUGGCAUUGACAAUUCUGGAGGUGACUGGCUUAAGAUCACAGGCUGUGAAGGCGAGGCAUCGAGGCUAUCUGCUGUGACUUCCUGA